AUGGUUUCGAUUCUCGACUUGCCGCUGGAGAUCCUCGGGAUCAUAGCGAGCACUUUGCAUGCGGGAGAUAUUGCUGCACUUGCUCGAACGAACACAAUGCUCUAUCCUAAGAUUCAAUAUUACCUACUUCGACACAAUGUCAAGUAUCAAAAGAGCUCCGCUCUGCACUGGGCCGCCAAAACCAACAAUGGUGCCCUAGUGAAGGAUUUGCUUGCGCAUCGAGCUGACGUGAAUGCGCUAAUCGAUCAAUGCUCUCCUCUGAUUAUCGCCUCAAAGCAUGAUGCGCUUUCGGUUGUCGAGCUCUUGAUGUUUCAACAGCAGCUCAGGGCAAAUAAGAGAGAUGGGAAUGGUAAAAGUGCGCUUUGGUACAGCGUAGUGAAUGAUUCAGUUGAUUUGGUCAGUCGACUCCUCGAGGAUCCGCGUGUCAAAAUCGACCACGCCAAUCGAGAUGGCCAAACAGUGCUCUGGCUAGCCGUCUUCCAAGGAAAUCGGCGAUUGGUAGAUCUGCUGCUCUCUAAAGGCGCUAGCCUAGAUCUGAAGGACCGAGACGGGAUUUCGCCAUGGAUGCAGUCGUGCAUUAGGGACCGAAACGGCAUCAAGGAUCGGAUUCUCGAUCAGUACCAGGUGAAAGCCGCUGGAACACUUUCGUCGAACCGAGUCCUCGCGAGAAAGGCAAAAACGGUCGUCACGGCUGUGAAAGAUGGAGACGUUGCCGAAUUGCGACAACUACACCUCCGGGAAGGGCUCGACGCAACUCUUCUCAACUGCAAAGAUCAUUACGGAAGAACGGCUCUAUGGAUUUCAACCUAUUCUUCCCUUGAAAAGAUCACCGAGAGGCUUCUGGAAGAGCACGAUGUGAACUUGAAUACGCUCGGAAAGAACAGCGACUACGAAGCUCCUUCUACACCACUUUCUCAUCUCAUGAUACGUUUCUACCCGACGAUGCUUCGACGAUUUCUCGCAAUGCCGUCUCUCGACGUCAAUCUAGGUGUCGGAUCUCUAUCUCCCCUCUACCUCGCCGUGAAGCAGGGUAACAUUCCCGCUGUGAGGCUGCUCAUCGCCCAUAAAGACAUACAGAUCAAUGCAACCCUCCCACAUGCUGACUCGCCUCUCCACUUAGCGACCCUGAAGGGGAAUAUCGACGUGGUGAAACUGCUUGUUGCUCAAGGUGAUCGGCUGCAUGUGAACCAGCUGACUCACCUGGAUGAGGAAACGGCGCUGUCUAUUGCGGCCCGACAGGGAAAUCUAGAUAUCCUCAACGUCUUGCUUUCACAUCGCCGCAUCGAUAUGGACAUCAUCGAUCGUUGGGGCCGCACAGCACUUCGAUCGGCCUUCCGCCAAGAACAAGUUGGCGUGGUAGAGAGGCUGCUCGGAGGACCAAUAACACCUCGCCAAUUAGUAAUAUCACUCGAGAUUGCAAACUUGCACCAGAAUAAUCGACUGCAGGCUCUUUUGGAAGAGAAAAUACAUAAAAAGCGACAGCUAUGUUCUUAG